AUGCAAGAAAUUAAAUCUAUUUUACAAAGUGAAACAAGGAGUCAUGAUCAAAUCUAAGAAUUAGAAGAAUAUUUUUAUAAACACUUCGAUUACAUUCGAAACUUGAAAUCUAAAUUGGAUGCAAAUUUAUAUCUCAUGUUAUUUGAACAAAUUAGAUAUGAGAAAUAUCCCCCUUUGACACCUAUAUUUGAAGCAGGAGAUAUAGGUAGAAGAAUGUAUUUUAUAAUUGAGGGUACUGUAGGUAUAUUUAAACCAAAAAAUGCUGAUGCAAAACCACAUCCUGGUAAUUAUCAUAAUUUUCAAGAAAUUACUGAUAGACGAUAUUUCUAAUAUUAAUUUGUCAAUAUAUUAAAAGCAGGUACAUAUUUUGGCGAAGUUGCAUUACACUAAAAAGGACCAAGAAAUGCAUCUGUCUGUUCUAUUACUAAAUUAGAAUUAGCUGUUAUUACUUAUGAUACUUACUAAAAGAUCCUAUCCUUAUCAGGUCAAUAAUAAAAUGACUAUAAAUUCAAUUUUCUUAAAUAGAUAUCAUUAUUUGAAGGUUGGAAGGAUAGUGCUCUUUUAGUCAUGUUGAUGAAUUGUGAAGAACAAUAUUAUACUCCUUUUACUUACAUCUUUAAAUAUAACUAACCUAUAGAUUAUGUUUAUUUUAUAGUCAAUGGAGAUGUUAAAUUAAAAGUAUUUAGAAGAAUAGAUUAAUAAGCUGAAUUUAAAAAUUAAAUUAACAAAAUUGAUGGAAUUACUCAUCUUACUACUAAUCAAUAUUUUGGUGAUAUGGAAUUAUAUUACGAUGAUGAUUCUAUUCCUAAAUUUAGAAAUUCUGAAGCUCAAACAUAAUCAUCUUGCAAAUUACUUAAAAUUUGUGCUUAAUAAUUUAUUGAUAAUUAUAGACUUUUCUCAACAAUCUCUAAACCAAAGGCUAUUUCCUAAAAAUAGCAAUAUCAUCGUUGUUCUAUGUAAAAAAUUAGAGAUAAAGUCAUUUCUCAAAAACUGAAUCUUUAAAUCAUAAAAGUUCAAGAUCCUCCUAAACCAGUUGAAGAUAUUAUCUUUUAACCAAUUAUUCCAUAAAUACCCAUCAGAUUUAAAGUUAAAUUUGGAUAAGUUUAAUCUUAGGAUUAUUUAUCUCAAAGAUCGUUGUUAUCUAAUGAUCUUUUAAAUCCAAGUAGAUUACGUUAAUCUGUUGGUUAUAUUCCAAUGAAAUGUGUUGAUUCUACAUUUAUUAACUGUGCCAAAUAAAUUAAAAUUUCUAAGAAAUCCCCUUUAAGAAAGAGAACUUAUAGCAUUAAAUGA